ACUUUCUCAUUGUAAUUCAUAUUUGUGAGGAUGGAAAGUUUUGGUGUCGUGAUGAUGGGGCCCUUUUCAUCUUACCUGGAAGAAGAGCUCGACAAGAAAUUCAAGCUUUUCAGAUGCUGGAAAUCCCCUAACAAGAAGGAGUUUCUCAAAGAAAAUUCGAAUUCCAUUACAGCUUUAGUUGCUGGUGGUGUUGGGGCUGACUCGGAGACGAUCGAUUUGUUGCCGAAAUUGGAGAUUGUCUCCAGUUUCAGCGUUGGUUUGGAUAAAGUCGAUUUGUUAAAGUGUAAAGAGAAGGGUAUUAGGGUUACCAAUACCCCUGAUGUGCUCAACGAAGAUGUCGCUGAUUUAGCGAUUGCAUUGAUUCUAAACACGUUGAGGAAGAUUUGCGAGUCUGAUCGUUAUGUGAGGAGUGGGUUGUGGACCAAAGGGAGUUACAAAUUAACCACUAAGUUCAGUGGCAAAUCAGUUGGCAUUUUGGGGAUGGGAAGGAUUGGUUCUGCAAUUGCAAAAAGAGCUGAAGCAUUUGGCUGCCCGAUCAGUUACUGCUCCAGAUCAGAGAAACCAAAUUUAAACUACAAGUACUAUCCUAGUGUUUUGGAAUUGGCAAAGAACUGUCAAGUACUUGUGAUUGUUUGCCCUUUGACAAAAGAAACAUACCAUAUAGUCAACCGUGAAGUGAUUGAAGCUGUGGGUCCAAAUGGCAUUAUUGUUAACGUCGGGCGUGGUCCUCACGUUGAUGAACCGGAGCUUGUAUCUGCACUGGUUGAAGGCCGACUGGGUGGGGCUGGGCUCGAUGUAUUCGAAAAUGAGCCUCAUGCACCCGAGCAAUUGUUUGGGCUCGACAAUGUGGUACUCUUGCCUCAUGUGGGAAGUGGAACAUUGGAAACCCGCAAGGAUAUGGCAGAUCUUGUGAUUGGAAACUUGGAAGCCCACUUUCUGAAGAAGCCGCUGUUAUCCCCCGUGGUUUGAUCCUGAUUGGGUAGUUUGAAUAAAUGAUUGAUUCAAAUUUGGGAUUGCAGGCUUUGCAGCCUGUGUUUCCUAAGAAGAACUCUCAAUUCUGUAGAUUUUUCUUU